GGGGGCGCCAACAGUUAGCCAUCACAAGCACAACUGGAUUCAGCCUUGGACUAGGGCCCAAAUUUUUGCCACAAUUUGCGUCCUGUCUCAUUAGGCAGCCGCUAACCUCGGUCAACUCGGACGCCAGUGAUGGCCUGGACAAUCCCGUCAGUGGCCUUGACGAUAUUGCUGGCCACCACCGUGCUAAUCUCGACGGCACUGUUACCGUUUGUUGCGAAAAUCUCUGGUCGUAGGAAAGAGAGACGUCCUAGCGGAAUCAUAGUCGUUUCUAACCCUGAAAACCCCAAAUUCGAAAUCGUCGCAGUCCAUGGCCUCGGAGCCCACCCGGUGCACACAUGGUGCAGCACCUCAAACAGUGCCCAGAAAGAGUCCGGAAACAUGGCUUCAUCAGAGCCCGCACAGGUGACAUUCGAUGCCCCGGCCAAAUCGGUGAACACAUGCAACAAUGGACAUGUGCAUCUGCUCAGGGAUCUACUCCAGCCCAAAUUCCCAGAGGCUAGAAUACUGAGCUUUGCCCACAACUCCGACUGGUUCGUCAAUGCACCAGUUAAGACGGCACAAGAGAUUGGCGAUAAGCUACUGGAGCAACUGGCAGAAGCCCGGAAGGACAAUCUCCGCAUUCCCAUUAUCUUCGUCUGCCACAGUUUUGGCGGCAUCAUCGUGAAGAAGGCCCUAUGUAGAGCCGGAGGUGACUCGGAAGAAAUCCUCUCCAAUACACAUGGUAUUAUUUUCCUCGGGACCCCUCACCAAGGCUCGUCCGCCUCUGUCGCCGGUGCCAUUCUGGCCACCAUCACCGCCGUCCUCGGGUCCGAGAACGGUCUCCUGCUCUCGCUGAGAAAUCACCGUGACGAGCUCUCCGACCUCGAAAAACUCUUUGCAGACCGUAUGAGGGAGAAGGAACAGCUGCGAGAGAAAACCCAAAUCUUCUCCUUCUAUGAAACCAUGCCGACCACUUUAAUGGGAUGGCUGUAUCUUGGCCUUGUUGUUACUAGAGACUCAGCGCGGACUCACGAUGCUACGGCCAUCCCCAUCGACACGGACCAUUCCGGCCUCAAUAAACCCGAAGAUGAGCUGAGUAGAAAGCUUAUAAGGGUGAUCGAGGGCCUCAAUGAGAACGCCAAGCCAACCUUAAACGCCAACCAGCAGUACGUCGUGGAUAAGUUUACUCUUGUCGAAGGCGCCGUAUUCGACUCUUACGACGAAGAGUACCCGGAGACAUGCCUCGAUGGGACCCGCGUCGAUCUCCUCCAUCUAAUUGACCAGUGGGCAGACAACCCGGAGGGCAAAUACAUCUUCUGGCUACAGGGCAUGGCCGGCACUGGAAAGUCUACCAUUUCUCGGACCGUCGCCCGCAAAUUCGCUAAUAGUGCCCGCCUUGGAGCCAGCUUUUUCUUCAAACGGGGUAGACGUGACCGGGAUAAAGCUUCACGGCUCUUUCCCACCCUCGUCAGACAGCUUGUGUUACAAAUACCUGGUCUGGAUGGUCUGGUCGCUCAAGCAAUUAAGGCCAACCAAGAUAUCUCUACCAAAGGGUUGGGUGAACAGUUCAAAACGUUGAUUCGUGAGCCACUACAAAAAGUCAAAUCUACUCCAAAACAGCAUUCGACCUUGAUCAUUGUGGUGGAUGCUUUAGACGAGUGUGAGAACGAGCGCGAUAUGAGGACAAUCAUCGAAUUAUGGUCACGACUACCUCAUAUGCCGACUAUCAAGCUUCGACUCCUCCUAACCAGUCGACCCGAGCUACCCAUUCUACAAGAAUUCAAAAGGAUAUCCGCCGAAGUCCAUCAAGACAUGGUUCUUCAAGAUAUCGUUCCUCGUACAACGAUUCAGCAUGACAUCACUAUUUUCCUGAAAGAUGCGUUCUCGAAAAUUAGUGAGAAUUACAACAAUGAUACACCUCCGGAGUCACGGCUAGAGCAUGACUGGCCUGGCGAUAAAGUCAUCCAGCUAUUGACCGAGAUGUCUAUCCCUUUGUUCAUCGUUGCCGCGACUAUUUGUCGAUUCGUCGGUGAUAACAGGUGGUGGAACCCUCGAGCAAGGCUAGAGAAAUUUUUAGAGAUGAAAAGCAUAGGAACGAUGUCCCCAAUAGGGCAAACAUACCUUCCCGUGCUACAGCAACUGUCGGCAGAGGUGAGUUGGUCACGUGACGCGGAGCUGCUCUAUGAAGAAUUCCGCGUGAUUAUCGGAUCCAUUGUUGUCCUUGCCGAGCCGCUUUCCAUCGCGUCCCUAACAGAUCUUCUGAAAGACUCCCACUACGACUUCUCUCAACAGGGCAUUUGGCAACGCCUGCGCCCACUGCAUUCUGUUUUGAGGGUCCCGGACGACUUUUUCGGACCUGUUCGGACACUUCACCUAUCCUUUAGCGAGUUUCUGUUGAGCGACGAAAUUCGACACGAACCUUUUAGAGUGGACGGCCCGGCUACACAUCGAAUGCUGCUGAUGAAAUGUCUGCAACUACUGUCAGGAUCUAACGGUCUGCGAGAGAACCUAUGCGACCUUGAGUAUCCCGGCCAGCUACGACAAGAGGUGGACAGGGCUACGGUUAAUAAAUGUCUCUCACCCGCAUUGCAAUAUGCGUGCCGAUACUGGGUGUAUCACGUCCGGCAUGGAAUGGACCGGACUCACAAAGACGAAGUGCACGACAAAGUGUAUAAGUUCUUACGGCAGUACUUCCUAUAUUGGCUUGAAGCUCUAAGCCUAAUGGAUAGGAUCGCCGAAGUCAUUGAAUACGUGAGCGACUUACAAUCACUUAUAUCGGUAAGUAACCUCUAG